UUCAGACCAACACGCUGUUAUCGACUAAACAAAAACAGUCGCCGCUAUACGUACUGUAUCAUCAUAUCGAUGUAAUUUCCAGUUUUGGAUUCUGAACACUUUUUUCAACCAAAUCAACAUUGACGAGGUUUAUUUCUAAAAGAGGUAAAACAGCAACAAAAGUACAGACGUGAUAACAUACGAAUCCCAGUUACCUACCUCUACGUCACUGGUCACAUGACUCCGCCGUAGCCAAUGGAACCAGAGCCAGCCAAGUGCCAUCGAGUGUCCCUGGCGUACCUGGAACUGUCCCAGCCCCCCGAUGACGUCAUCGCCCUGUACGGCAACACCAUCGUGGAACUAGACCUCAGCCACAACAAAAUAUCUGACCUUCGAUUCCUCCAAAACCUCCCGCGCCUCCAGAGUCUUGUAGUUGACCACAACCACAUCUCCUCCCACGUCAAGAUUCCACUCUGUCCAUAUCUGGACACCCUGUGGGUCAACCACAACGACAUCCAAAACUUAGGUUUGUUUAUAACGACGGUGGCCAAGAGCUGCCCCAACCUAAGGAUACUCUCCAUGAUGAACAAUCAGGCCGCGCCGAGUUUUUUUAACGGCGGGACCUAUCAACAGUACCUGGAUUACAGAUAUUUCGUCAUCAGCAGCCUCCCAAAGCUGGAGGUGUUGGAUUACACCAAUGUGCAGCCGGAAGAGAGAAGUGAAGCCAAACGGAUUUAUCCAGUAUCCAUUGUCCAGCCGAAAAAAUCGACCAGGAGGAAGCGACACAGCCGCUCAUCAUAGCAACCGAAACUUUGCGAAAAGUUUGUAAAAACACAAAAAUGUACAUGUAACUCGAAGAUUUUUUAUGAUAUUAACUUUAACUUUCGUGGUAUAAACUGGUUUAUAAUCUUCUGUAAAAAACCAAUGUUGGUAAUGCAGAUGAACAUGCAGUUUAUACAAUACCAAUGCUAAAUCGCAUCACAGUCGUUUUAUUGUAUUUUUAUUGAUAUUCAUCGGAAUGCAGUAUUUAUAUUGGUUUGCAUUUUUUCCCCAUUCUAUUGAUCAAUUUUGUGUGUAAUAUAGUACUAUUGAUAACUGUUGACUAUUAUUGAUAUUGUAUUAAUGAUGUUGUAAAGGUACAAUUAACAAGUUUGGACAUUUAAUUUAAAUUGGUAAGUUACGGCCCCUACUUUGAAGUAUCUAGAUUCUAGAUGUACUGAGAAUGGGCUGUUUUAUCAUACCGUAAAAACAGAUACAUUUUAUGUAUGAUUACACCAUCAAGCCUCAUUUUUAUAGUGGCUUCGUUUACGCGCUUUUACUGAUGUGACAUGCCUGUGUGUGGAUGGGAGUUUAGCGUGUGGGUAA